GCUGCUUACAGAAGCAAAACCAACCAAUACCCACUUUAGUUGGCUCUUAGCAUUGCUUCCAUUGAGAAAAUCCAAUUUUGCUUUGCUCUGCUAAUUCUGUCCACGUAUUCCUGGAUUUUUCCCUGCCUUCCCACCCAUUUCAGCUUAAAUUAUCAUCAUCCAGAACCUGAAUCAUAGCUUUAAAGCAGGAAGACCAAGAAUAAAAAAGAUGUCCUCACCCAUGAAGACAGGACCUCCGGAGACUGGUGAAGCAUCAAAGAACGAAUCCUCAAAGCAUGGGUCAAACUUAAACAGAGGGAUCUCAAUAUUAGACCUCAUUUUAAGAGUUAUUGCAACUAUUGGCACGCUAGGAAGCUCUGUUGCCAUGGGGACUAGUAAUCAAACACUUCCAUUUUCAUUUCAGUCUUUCCAAUUCAGAGCUGAGUAUAAUGAUCUCCCUAUGUUCACGUUCUUUGUUAUUGCAAAUUCUAUUGUAUGUGGAUAUCUUGUUCUUUCUCUUCCUCUGUCAAUCUUUCACAUCAUCAGGAGCUCAGCAAAAAUCAGCAGGAUCAUCUUCGUCAUUUUUGAUACGGUCAUGCUGUGUCUUCUCGCCUGUGGGGCUUCUGUUGCAGCAAGCAUUGUAUACUUGGCACAUAAAGGGAAUGCUAAUGCAAAUUGGCUCCCCAUUUGUCAACAGUUCAGCAACUUCUGCCAGCGAAUAUCUGGAUCUCUAAUAGGCUCUUUCUUCUCAGUAAUCAUUCUUAUUCUGAUUAUUACUUCAUCAGCAGUGUCUCUCUCCCAAAUCUAGUUUAUUUUACUACAAGAAUGUCUUGUGUAUCUUUGUCCCAUAAAUAAACUUACCAAGUUUGUUUCCACUAAA